GGGGUACCAAAAUGGCACUGGCAGGAGAAAAUGUCACAAAAAUGGCACAUCAAGAGGCCAGGCGAUAGGGACAAGCCCACCUUCGCAGUUCCCAACCCGUACUUCCAGCAGGCGGGAAACAGAAACGGGAAAAAAAAAAAAAGUUCUCUCAAGUCUGAACUUUUUAAAUAAUCCGGUCGGCACACUCACUCGUCACUAGCAAGUCCCGGCGGGAAAUGAAGGAAUCCGGCAAGGGCUCUGCGCCUCCGUCGGUGGAUGAAAGAUACACUCAAUGGAAGUCUCUGGUCCCUGUCCUGUACGACUGGCUCGCCAACCACAACCUCGUCUGGCCGUCACUUUCCUGCCGAUGGGGUCCACAGCUAGAGCAGGCUACAUACAAGAACCGUCAACGUCUCUAUCUUUCUGAACAGACUGAUGGAAGUGUACCAAAUACUCUUGUGAUAGCAAAUUGUGAGGUUGUAAAACCUAGGGUUGCAGCAGCUGAGCAUAUAUCGGAGUUUAAUGAAGAAUCACGUUCUCCAUUUGUGAAAAAGUACAAAACUAUUAUACACCCAGGCGAGGUGAACAGAAUUAGGGAACUCCCUCAAGACAGUAAGAUAGUGGCCACCCACACAGAUAGUCCUGAGGUACUGAUAUGGAAUGUUGAAACUCAACCUAAUCGCCAUGCCGUCCUGGGAGUUGCUGCUUCCCAGCCAGAUAUGACAUUGACUGGGCAUAAAGAUAAUGCUGAAUUUGCUCUGGCAAUGUGCCCAACUGAACCCUUUGUUCUUUCUGGAGGCAAGGACAAGUGUGUGAUCUUAUGGAGUAUUCAUGAUCAUGUUGCAAGUUUAGCAGCUGAAGGAGCAUCCAAUGCUAAACAGAGCACUAAGGCUGGAGGGAAUGGUGAGAAAACUACAGAUGGCCCUUCUAUUGGACCACGGGGCAUAUACAAGGGACACAAGGACACUGUAGAAGACGUACAGUUUUGCCCAUCAAGUGUGCACGAGUUCUGUAGUGUUGGUGAUGAUUCUUGCCUCAUACUCUGGGAUGCACGAUUGGGAUCUACUCCAGCAUUCAAAGUAGAGAAGGCACACAAUGCAGAUCUUCAUUGUGUUGACUGGAAUCCUCAUGAUAUUAAUUUUAUUCUGACUGGUUCGGCUGAUAAUACAGUUCAUAUGUUUGAUCGUCGGAAAUUUAGCAACGGUGGUGGAGAUGGGUCUCUAGUUUAUAAAUUUGAGGGUCAUGAUGCAGCUGUCCUGUGUGUGCAGUGGUGUCCUGACAAGUCGUCUGUAUUUGGAAGUGCUGCUGAAGAUGGCAUUGUAAACAUAUGGGAUCAUGAGAAGGUUGGUAAAAAAAAGCCAGAUUCUGCUGGUGGUCCAAAAGUACCCAACUCCCCUCCUGGUUUAUUCUUUCGACAUGCUGGACACAGGGACAAGGUUGUGGACUUCAACUGGAAUGCUUCUGACCCAUGGACAAUUGUUAGUGUCUCUGAUGAUUGUGGAAGUACUGGUGGUGGUGGUACCCUUCAGAUAUGGAGGAUGAUUGAUCUGAUUUAUAGACCGGAAGAGGAGGUGUUGGCUGAGCUGGAUAAGUACAGAUCCCAUAUUAUGGGAUGUAACAACCCGUGACAUGUCUGGAAAUUCUCUAAUGCAGUUUUAGGAAAAUUCACUGGAGGCUGUCACACCAUGUUUGUUUUGCAAAGAAUUGGUUUUUUUUUUUGGAGGGGGGGGGGGACCCUCGUUAAUUCCUCAAAUUGUUUCUGGCUUCCGUACUCUUAGCAAAUUAUGAUUUGUGAACAUCUCAUUCGGUAAUAGUAUUGAAUCUUUGUCUAAAUCUUUUUUCCCCUUUUGCCCCUUAUUUGUGAAGAAAAGCGGUUGUUAUUCGCUGGAAUAAUGCAGUUUAUUCUGCUGUCUUGUUAAUCAUCACAAAGCUGAUGUAUUAUGAUAUAAAUCUGCCCUGUGCGAGGCGAUAUUUUUUUGGCCAACCAUGCAAGGGAAGGGUAUCCUCUAAUCAAGUGCUCCACUGGCCGUAUCAAAUAUUGCACGAGCACCCACAUCUCUCUCUGCGCCAAUGGGUAGAUAUGAUAGUUCACUGAUGCAUCAACUACCAAUAUGUGUUGUGAUGGAUUUAUAUGCCUUCAAUUGAACUCUUUCAACUGUGCUUCAAGGAUGUUAGCUAUUAGAUUUUAA